CAGAUCUUCUCAAGUUUAGUUCGCCGAAAACAUGAAGAUCGCGAUUUUCUCACUUUUGCUGGGCAGUUGCCUGUGCUCUCUGAUUCCACCAGGACGACAAACAGCAAUCGCUUCGACAAAGUCGGCUCGAGUAGUUGGUGGCGAUGAAGCUGAGCCCCAUUCGGCACCAUACAUAGUAUCCUUUCGAGAACUUGACGAACAUAUCUGCGCAGGAGCCAUUGUCAAUAAACGUUGGAUAGUGUCAGCAGCGCAUUGCUUUCUCUUCGUGGGAAGGGUUACUGCAGUGGCCGGAAUUCAUUCAAUCGAUGACGAAGGACAACGACGCCAAGUUGAAAAUUAUGUCACCCACAAAAACUACAGUGGGAGCCUCGGUCCUUUCGAUAUAGCCGCAGUAAAAGUGUUAGAUGACUUUGUAUUCAAUGAGUUUGUGCAGCCAAUUAGUCUACCCACUCCCAAAAUAAUCCCCUCAGGAGAUGUUACAGUUUUUGGUUGGGGAAGUACCUCAACUGGUAAUGGACUCGAAAUGCCAGAAGUCCUGCAUAAAUUCUCUCCGCCAAUCAUCUCGUAUGAUGAGUGUUUAGAGUCACUCGCAGACCUUGAAAAGGACAAAUUGCGGGAGACGAAUAUUUGUACUGGUCCACUUACUGGAGGGUUUGGAUCUUGUGUACGCGAUUCAGGUGGUCCUUUGGUGCAGAAGAAUUCACGCGGUACUGUUGAACUAUUGGGAAUCGUGUCUUGGGGAUACUACCCUUGUGGAACGGAGGGGAGACCUUCAGUGUACACAAGAGUGUCAGCAUACAACGAAUGGAUUGAAGAAUUUGUGUUCAUGUGGAGGGGGGCGUAAAAUAGAAUGUUUUAUGUUUAAAGCAAUACCGGAAAGAUUUUAGUAUAGUAGCCUAAGAACAUAUGAAUUAUUCAGAAUCAUU